AUGGCGCUCGCCUCCUCGACGCGCGCGUCGGCGCUGUCGGCGAGCGUCGCCCGACGUCCGCCUCUGAGCGCUUUCCGUCGAGCGUCGCGCGCGCGACACGGUCGACGCGCGCGCCACGCCGCCGCGUCCGCGGUCGACACCGUCCCGCUCGGCGUGGACGGCGGUGCGUACGCCAAGGAGCUCGCGAGCGCGCUCGACGCGGUCCGUCUGGCGAGCGAGCUGUGCCAGGAGGUGCAGGGACAGCUGAUGCGCAUGGACGAACAGGCGGAGACGAAGGAGGAUCGAUCGCUGGUGACGCUCGCGGAUUACGCGGCGCAGGCGAUAAUCUCAUGGCGCAUCGCGCAGGAUUUUCCGGAUAUGACGCUCGUGGGCGAGGAGGACGCGGAGGCGCUCACCGAGGGCGGCGAGGGAGGCGCUGAGACCUUGAACAAGGUGACCAACCUGGUGAAUAAAACGCUCAAAGGACACAUGGGUGAAAAAGCGCCGACGCUUUCGUCGCAGGACGUCGUGGACGCGAUCAAUAGAGGACAAAGCACGGGCGGGCCGACUGGAAAGCACUGGAUCCUGGACCCGGUGGAUGGAACGCUCGGAUUCGUGCGAGGGGACCAGUACGCCAUCGCGCUCGCGCUCAUGGAUGAUGGAGAUUUGAAGGUCGGGGUGAUGGGAUGCCCGAACAUGCCCAAGACGGGCGAGGUGUUGGAGUUCCAGGAAAGCUACGCGUACGGGUUUUCGCCAAGGCUCGUGUCGAAGAUGCUCGCUGGGGAUUCGCUCGGUUGGUACAAGGGAUGCAUCUUCACCGCGGUGCGAGGCAAAGGGGCGUAUAUGUUUCCGACGGAUCCGACGCUGAAGUUCGAACCAGUCAAGGUUUCGGUGAGCGAGGCGUUUGACCCCCGCAAGGCCAAGUUCACCGAACCUGUGAUGAAGGCAAACUCGUCUCAAGGUUUCACCGCCGCCGUCGCGACCAAUCUCGGAAUCGAGUGCAAGCCGCUGCGUAUUUACUCUCAGGUGAAGUAUGGUUCCGUCGCGCGCGCGGACGCGGACGUUUUCAUGAAGUUUCCCAAGGCUGGGUACAUGGAAAAAAUUUGGGAUCACGCCGCCGGGGUGAUCCUUGUGGAGGAGGCUGGAGGCACCGUUUCGGACGCCGGAGGCGCGCCGCUCAACUUUGCCGGGGGGCGAUACAUCGAGGGUUUGGAUAGAGGCAUCAUCGCCGCGUCUUCAGCGCUUCACGCAAAACUUCUUGACUCAGUCGCGAAGUCGUGGAGUUCCUCUCAACUAUAA